ACCCAGGAAGUGUGCAGCUCAGAUACUGGCUGCAGCCAGCAACACAACAGCAGCAAGUUGCAUCCCUGCAAGAGGGUCUGUUGAAUUUGCAGGCAUAUUUCAGUGUUAAGUUUACACGGGGUUGUUAGUAACAAAGCUUUAUAGAUGGAUUCCCGCAAAGCAGCCCAGCCGAAAGGAGACUUUGAAUGCCAACUAUGUGGGCUAACAGCCCCAUACAGCUAUUAUGGGCAGAAACCCCCAAACACUCAUUCUGUUGUCCUCCUGGAAGAAAGCUAUGUCAUGAAAGAUCCUUUCGUCCCUGACAAGGACAAAUUCCUUAUCCUUGGAUCUCAGUGCAGUUUGUGUAACAGACGGGUGUGUGUGGGCACAGAAUGUAGUCUAUUCUACUCAAAAAGGUUCUGCCUUCCCUGCGUUAAUGAAAACCUACAGGAGUUUCCUUUGGAAAUACGACAAGACUUGGAUAAAAGGAAGUCUCAUUCAAAAUCCCACCCCUCCAAAAAAACAGAUGCAAGAACUUAAAUUAAAAACAACUGGAAGAGACACUGCUCAGAGGUUUUUUUUGUUUGACCUAAAAUGUAGAUUUUUGUAAAGAUGAUGUUUAGGCAAUUUACUACCAGUACAAGUAUUUUCAUGACAGUUCUUUAAGUUAGUUUGGAUUUAGGUAUUCCCAUUGAGUGUUGGCAAUGCAGGCACUGCAGCGCUGGGCUACUGCAGGAGAACCAGAAAGGGAAGCAGCCAAGCCUGUGGUCACUGACCAGGUUACAUGUAGUGCAAAUAUUAAACAGCAUAAAGGUUGGAAAAUAAGUCAGAAUUUUACAGUUUUUAAGAGCUAGCGUGUUGGACAUUUACGUGCAAGUGUUAUUAAAAAUACAGGCAACAUUCUCAGUAGUUUGUCAGGAUAGUGCAACUGAAGACGAUUUACACCAGCUGAGAAUCUGGCCCAUAAUAGUUAACUUGACAAUAUCACUUUACUAAGGUUAUGAUAGACAAAGAACCUGAUGCCUUCUGACUCUUCCCCCCCCCCCCCAAGUUUCUGUUCUACAGCACACGAUCACAGAGCAUAUCAGAAUGGAUAUUCAUAGAAAAGUAUGUGGUCUGGAGGCCAUUGCGUCAAGACGAAUGCCACAUGAGGACUUCUGCAAGCAGAUAAACUUGCAAUGGAACAUAUCAGCUGAUACUUACAAGACUGCAGCCACUUUUCACUCCAACUUCCAAUGAUGUGGAAACAGCCUUGGGGGGGAGGGGAGAGUGGGAAAGGAUUCCUUCCUAGGUGCAGUGUUUCCUUUACACAUUAGAAAAAGAGAAUGCUUUCCAGAUCAUUUUUUGUUCUUGACUGGACAAUAUGAUUUAUUUGGAAAUAAUAAAGUUCAGCCAGUAUACUCUGUCAGAUUAACCCUUGCCUGUCUUGGGCAAUUAGAAAGACAUUCAAGAGAGAUUUAAAUUAGGCUGUGUGGGUUCAAACAAUUAUUAUUGAAAUGAUGGCCUUUAUUGAUUUUGCUUUACUUGCAUGGGAUAUUUUAUAGAAAAAUUAAAGUCAAUGUGAAUUUUAACCUGAUUUUUUUUUUUUUUUAUAACAA